AUGAGAGAUGACAACCCCAAGAAGAGCAAGGUUCUCUCUCUCUCUUCCCCCUUCCUGUUUCGUUUCGUUUCGUUUCGUUUCUCUCUCCAGAUGCUGACGUCUCUUUCCCUGGGUCUCGCCGAAGCUCUCGUGGUCUAAGAACCUGAUCAGAAAAUGGUUUAAUGUCAAGAACAAGACCCAGCACUUCUACGCCGAUGAGGAUGUCAUUUGCAGAGGUAUCUCUCUCUCUCUCUCUCUCUCCCCCUCUCUCCUUAUCUUCUCUUCCCUCUUUCGGGCAGCCAUAUCUGAGAAUUACGGCGCCUAUAGUGACUAACGCAACAGCCUCACUCCACCUCUCUCCUCUCGGGCCUUCCCAUCUCAUUCUUGGCUUCUCCCAUCUCUCUCUCUCUCUCUCUCUCUUCCUCUAAUCUGCAGGAGGCGGCGGGCAGAGGAGACCCAUCUUCUCCGAGAGGGACUCGUCCACAGUCAAGAAGAGCAGAACCGGUGCGACCCUGCUUCAGCCUCCUCUUCUUCUUCUUCUUCCUCUUCCUGCAACCUCUCCAAUUCACCGUCGACUCCACAGAGCGACUGUCCAGGAGGAGCUCGGCCCCAGCGGCUCCCCUCGAAGCUGGAGGUCAACGACCAGAGGUCCAGGAGUACAGGUGGGUUGACCCGCUCACCUGGCCCUCUGUCGCCAUCCUCGAUUCUUCCUCACUGAUCCAUCCAUCCAUCCAUUCCUCACGGCGGCUGCGGCUCGGCUGCAGGAUCUUCGUUUCUACCUGGAAUGUGGGAGGGAGAUCGCCACCGGCCCACCUGAACCUCGAAGCCUGGCUCCAUACAGCGCCGCCGGCCGACGUCUACGUCCUCGGGUAAACGCCGCCGUCGCCUGCAUCUUCAAGUCGAUGAUCCAAAAGAGCAAAGUUUCAAAGGAGCUUCCCAUUUUUGGCCGCCAGGUUCCAGGAGAUCGUACCUCUGAACGCCGGCAACGUCCUCGGAGCGGAGGACAGCGGGCCGGCGAGGAAGUGGGUGGCCCUCAUCAGGAAGACGCUGGAGGAUCUCCCCGGCGGCGGCGGCAGACGGUGGCGGGCCGCGGAGCUGGUGGCGGAAGUCGAGGGGUCAUCGUCGUCUCGGCGAAGGCGCUCGUUCCAGUCGCUGCGGCGGAGCUGGAGGAUGGACGACGGCGAGAUGGUGGCGCCGCCGCCGAAGCUGGAGCGCAGGUUCAGCGUCUGUGAGCGGGUGAUGGACAGACGACUUUGGGAGGGCUCCGAUGACGACGACGACGACGACGACGACGACGAUGACGGCGGCGGCGGCGCUGCCAGGGAAUCGCCGGGCACUUUCAUCUACUCGCCGGAGUGUUAUGGGUACGGCAUCUCGUCGUCCAUGGAAGGCAGGGAGAGGCCGGAAGGGUACCCAAGGUAUGCAUGCAUGGUCUCAAAAUUCUCCAAAAAUUGUUAAUCUUUAAAGUGCACAAUUUGGAUCGUAUAUUUGAAAUUUCUCUUCUCCAGCAGCAGUUCAUGGGUUCAAAUCAUGCGAUCCUCUGUUCUUGUGGGGAUGUCUUUUCAUAAAUAUCAGUGUAUUUACACAUGGGUUCUCUCUGCCCUUGGUAAAAUAAAAAUACAUACCAUGAUAAUCUACAAUGUGCAUAGUUUGGAUCGUAUAUUUGAAAUUUCUGUGCUCCGGCAGCAGUUCAUUCAUUCGAUUCAUGCGAUCCUCUGUUUUCGUGGGGAUAUUUUUUCAUCAAAAUCCGUGUAUUUCCGCAUGGGUUCUCUCUGAUCUUGGUAAAAUAAAUCAUGUCAUGAAGAUCCAUUAAGUGGAUGGAUUCGAUCAUCCAAGAGAAACUCAUCUGUUCUUGCAGCAUUUCACGAGUUCUGGCCAUGUGAUUUCCAUAAAUGUGGGUAUAUUUCCAUUCGGGUUCUCUCUGCCCUGGGUAGAACGUGCCACAACGAUCUAGAUUGUGCAGUAUUUCAAUCCUCUGUGCGAAGUUCAUCAGUUCCAGCAGCAAUUUCAUGAGAUAUACAUUUUCAUUUGGGUUCUCUAUAUGCUCUUGGUGAAACAUGCCAUCAUCAUGAAUAAUGUGCAUCCUUUCAAUCAAUCUAUAUUUUCAUUUGGGUUCUCUCUGUGUUCUUGGUGAAACAUGCCAUCAUCAUGAAUAAUGUGCAUUCUUGCCAUCAUCUACAAGAAAUUCCUCAUUUCUGUCACAGGUACUGCCUGGUUGCGAGCAAGCAAAUGGUGGGCAUAUUCCUCACCAUUUGGGUAAGGAGCGCCAUGAGAGACGAUGUGGGAAACAUGAAGGUCUCCUGUGUCGGCAGGGGUCUAAUGGGGUAUCUCGGAAACAAAGUAAAUAAGACGAAAUAAAUCAAUUAAUUAAAUUAAAUUAAAUGACAUGAGAGAUUCUUACCUCGAUGGUCGGUUUCAGGGUUCCAUUUCAAUCAGCAUGUCGCUGCAUCAGACGAGUUUCUGCUUCGUCUGCAGCCAUCUGACAUCUGGGGAGAAGGAGGGGGACGAGAUCCGGCGGAACUCUGAUGUCAUGGAGAUCCUCAGGAAGACCCGCUUCUCCAGGAUCCCCGGGUUCGGACCCAGGAGAUCCCCUGAGACCAUCCUUGAUCAUGAGUAGCCACAAAAUCUGCAAUCCCUGAAGCAAAAUUCAGAAGAACCCACGCCAAUUCUUUUUUAUAUAAUUUCUUACUUUUCCUCCAUCUCAGCCGGAUAAUUUGGCUUGGGGAUCUGAACUAUCGCAUCGCCCUUUCAUACCGGACCGCUAAGGCCCUUGUUGAGAUGCACAACUGGAGAGCCCUGCUGGAGAACGACCAGGUAAAUCUUCUUCUUCCUCUUCUUCUCCUUCUUCUUCUUUUUCUUCUUCUCCUUCUGACUGAGGAUGAUGGCCAUGGAAGCAGCUCCGGAUAGAGCAGAGGCUGGGACGGGUCUUUGAAGGCUGGAGUGAGGGGAGGAUAUACUUCCCACCCACAUACAAAUACUCGGCCAACUCGGACCGCUACGCCGGGGACGACAUCUACCAGAAGGGCAAGCGGCGGACUCCUGCAUGGUGAAAGACACAGACAGAAACAUGGGUGUUUAGGUCUAAAUGCUUCCUGUAAUUCAGCUUCUCACGCGGGUGUUCUUCGUGAUAAAAGGUGCGACAGGAUACUGUGGUACGGCCGAGGCCUCAGCCAGCUAUCAUAUGUGUGCGGAGAGUCCAGGUUCUCGGAUCAUCGGCCGGUGCACAGCAUCUUCAAUGCCGAGGUCGUUGUGGGUGACCAGAGUAGAAUGCAGAGCAAAGGAUGGUCUAGCCCCAGCAUCCAGACUGACGAAUUCUUCCCUUAUGGUCAUGGCUACGCAGAGCUCAGUUUUUUCUGA